UCUCCGCGGGGCAGUGACAGGAGGCGGAGCACUGCACAUCCUCUCCGCGGCACUUACUCGGAGCUAGUCCAGUCCUAUCAGCAGUGUGUGGUGUUGUAUAUCUAAGGUGGUGGUGUCAGCAGGUGUGUGGUCCCUCCUCCCCAUCACCUCCCCAGGCCUUGCUCUCACCUCACACAGCUAACAGGCAGUUAGUAGGUGGCGGCAGCAGCCGUGGCGGGUGAGAGAGGAUGCCGUCAUCACAGCUGUUUGCCGUCAACAACCUGGGCCGGGUGUUUGGCCUCUCCACAGAUGAGGCAUGCUGGCGGGAGCUGGACUACCUGGGCAUUGAGUUCAAGCGUCUGUCAGCACACGAGUCAGUCCUGUGGGCGCUUGGGGGCGACCACCAAGUGUACGUGUAUGUGUAUGGUUCGUCAGUGCCCAUCAGGGUGUGUGAGGAGAGCUAUGAGAACCAGCGUUGGAAUCCCAUAGAAGGCUUCACUGGGGUGCUGCUCCCCUCAGAUCGAGCCAACUUCUCCAGUGCUGACGGCCUAACAAGCCGUGUCCUCAGCACCAUCACUCUGCCCACCCUGGCCUGGUCCUGGGAGUCACCCUGGCACCUGCAUUACACCCACGAGGGCCAGGCGCUGGAGAAGGAGGGGUGGACAUAUGCCAUAGACUUCCCUCGCACUUACACCGCCGAGAAGCGCUGGAACUCCUGUGUGCGGCGGCGGAAGUGGGUGCGUUACCGGCGCUAUGUUGCCCUGGACACAUGGUCAGCAGUGCCUCCCAUCCACCAGGAUGCCACAGAGGAGCCCUUCAUUGAUGUGAGUGUGGGUGGCGGGGAGGUGCCGGGCGAGGACCCAGACCGCCUCAUGGUGUGGGCUGUCACUGCAUUGGGCCGGGUGAUGGUGCGGGAUGGAGUGGACGGUUCGUGUCCCGAGGGAUGCCGCUGGACGCACAUACCAACGCCCCCAGACAUGGAUGUGACGUCAGUAUGUGUUGGACGGUCUGGGCGGGUGUGGGCUGUGACCUGGGAUGGGAAGGUGAUAGUGAGGAUGGGAGUCAGCAGAGACUGCCCUGUGGGGAAUGGCUGGGUGGUGGUGGAGCCCCCUGAGGGUAGUCGGCUGCAGCAGGUGGCGGUGGGGGUGCAGGCGGUGUGGGCGGUGACACGGGACCAUCGAGUGUGGUUCAGGCGAGGGCUAGAGGGGUCUGACUCGGCCACUUCCUACAACAGCAUCAUGGGCACCUCCUGGCUCAUGAUGGUGGGCAGCCUCAACAGUGUGUCCAUGGGACCCAAUGACCAGGUGUGGGGUGUGAGCAGUGAAGACACCCUGGUACUGGUGAGGACGGGUGUCACCCCAUCAGAACUUGCUGGCCGCACCUGGAAGCCCAUCAGCCUCCCCAUCACCACCUGUGAGAGCCCAUCCAACAGUGGCCAAAGCUCCAGUGCCAGUCCACAGUCCAGUGUGUCAGGGGCGGGCAAGGUGACCAGCCCCGACACCACUGCACCAGAGGACAUCAACCUGGAGGGUGUUGAGAAGGUCCUGGCUGGCCUAUCAGUGAAAGACAGUGUAGAGGAGGAGGAAGGGAAAAUGAAGGAGCAGCAGGAAGAUGAAAACAUAUCAGGUAAAGCAGAAGAGAAAACAGAUGGUGCUUUGCAAGAUGAGUCACUUGCUCCUCCCCAGAGCAUGGUUGAGAGUGUGGACUCCCCCUCUAUUGAAAUCAAAUACCCAGAGGACUGUAGUUCCCUUGAGUCCUCAGGCAUGUCAGACCAUGCUGGGGAGUAUGUGGCCAGCCUUUUGGCCAGCCAGAGCAGCCCUGUGAAUGACUUGAAGGCCACACCAGGGGAGCCAAGUGAGCUGGAGGAUGGUACAACUCAGAAGUCAGCAGAGCAGCAGCACUUCUCUCCAAACACCAAGGAGUGGAUUGAGUCUCGACUGAGGCAUGCCAGUAGCACCAGCUCCCAGGGGUCUCUUGGGCCGCUGCGAGGGGAAGUGGGUGCGCUGAGAGAGGAAGGCCCGAUCUUCAAUCUUCUGCCGGUGGAGGAUGACCAUCUGUGGAUGUGGGUGACGGGCGGAGGCUGCUGGAUCAAGGCAAACAACAUGCCCAAGUGGUUUGUGAGUGAGGGGUCCCCGGUGCACUCGAGUGAGCCGUGGCGGGUCAAUGUGCUGCAGCGGCUACGUCAGCGGCACGAGGAGCAGAUCGAGCCUUUCAGUGGGUAUGAAGAGGCAGUGGAGGGGUCUUCCUGGGCCAUCUCGGGUCAGUGCCGAUGGUGGGCGAGCAAGCAGUGGGUGCCGGCGAGUGUGGAGCUGGUCAUGGUGGGGUCACGUCGGUCCCAGGUGAAGGACGCCACACUCCUCCUCCACUACUCUCUCUCUACACCGGCAGUGGAAGAGAUCUCCAUUGGCUCCAUCCUGCUGGUGGCCCUAUGUGUGGAUUCCUCAGUGGGCCGGUCCCUGGUGGCUCUCUAUCACCCCAACUACCCCCUCAAGCCAAAGACUCUCUCCUUCUCCACUGAGACGGAGGCUGAGGAAUGGCUCAACCACAUCGCCUUAGCUUGCAAGACAUUUCGAGGCCACAAGAAGCGCCCAUCUCAGUAUGCGGUGUGGGGACUGACGGCGCAGGGAAACCUUUACUUCCAUGACAAGUAUCUCACAGAGGAGGAGCUCAAAUGGAAAAUCGAGUAUCGCCAGAGUGUCGCAAAGGGGAACUCUAGACACAAGAUUUUUGCUCGUUACCUGCUUUCCUUGUGCUCCUCCGUUGCGUCCCUGUCAGAGAGGCUGCGUCUGGAGGCUCGAGUGUCCCACAAGGAACUGCCAGUGAGUGAGGGGGCAACAUCAGCCGUCCUGCUUCUUGAUCGAGGGUUCCGUCCGGGCUGCUUUGUCUCGGUGCUGGUGGAGAUACACGAGAGAGCUGAGCAGUUCCAUGUCAACCUUCAGACAGGACGGGGCACAGAUUGCAACAUUGCCAUCCAUGUCAAUCCCAGGUUCUCUAAAAAGGUGGCAAUUCUGAACACUAAGAAGAAGGGUGUGUGGGGCCAGGAGGAGAAGCAAGGCCUGAUGAACAUAACGCCAGGGAGACAUUGCGAUGUGUCUGUCAUGUGUGAUGAUGACGACUUCAAGCUGUCCAUUGACGAGCAGUACUGGUGCAGCUUCAAGCACCGCCUGCCACCCUCCGCCAUCACCCACGUGGCAGUGCGGGGUGACGUCACCAUCACCAAUGUCACCUACAACCACGGCGCGGGCGAGAGUCAGCUGACGGACUGGUACUGGCGGGGUGUGGGGGGCCACUUCAAGAGGGUGGAGAGCGGGGCGUGUGGGGUGACCUGGGCCAUCUCCUAUGACUUCCAUGUUUACAUCUACACUGGUGAGGAGGAAGGUGGCCUCUGCAAGGGGAGCAUCACCAGUGAGUCCGGGGACCGCCUGCUGAGUGACACACGCCACAUGUACGUGUGGGAGAACCAGCGGUGGAACCCAGUGACCGGCUUCACCCACCGUGGCCUGCCCACCGACCGCAACACCUGGAGCGACCAGACCGGCCGCCACCAUCGCCCCAAGGAGAGCAUCCGCCUGCCCUCACGCCACUGGUCCUGGACAAGUGAGUGGUGUGUAGACUACCACACACCCGGGGGAGUGGACAAGGAGGGGUGGCAGUACGCGACAGACUUCCCCUUCAACUAUCACGGCCACCGCUACGUGACGGACCUGGUGCGGCGGCGGCGGUGGUUCAGGAAGUGUCGCAUCACCACCUCGGGACCCUGGCGCCAGAUGGAGAAGGUGGCACUCAUAGAUAUCUCCGUCUCUCCAAUGUGUGCCAGUGAUGGAACAGUGCCAGUGUGGGGGGUGAGCGUGACAGGGGAGGUGGUGGUGCGGCUUGGUGUGCUGCUGGAUUGCCACCAAGGGGACUCCUGGAUACUGGUGCCGGCCGAGUGCCCCAUGAUGAGUGUUAAUGCCGGGGUGCACUCCCACAGUGUGUGGGCCGUCAGCAAGGAUGGCCGUGCUCACCUCAGGCUUGGGGUGACUCCUGGCAUUCCACAGGGAACACAGUGGGUAAAUGUGGACUCCCCUGGACAUCCCCUGGUGGAGGUGGCAUCAGGGGCAGGGGCUGUUUGGGGGCUGGACCGAGCUGGGAACUUGCACCGUCGCACUAAUGUCCUGCCACUGUUUCCUGAGGGCACCGGGUGGGAGUUGGUGUGUGGCGAGGUGAUCAGCUUCAGCGUGGACACCAUUGGCUCCCUGUGGGCGGUGCUGGAGUCGUACAACACAGAGAAUGGGUCAGUGCAGGGUGUGAUGGUGAGGAGGGUGGGUAUCACGCCCUCCUGUCCCAUCGGCACUGGCUGGCAGCACACUCUGGGGACGGGAUGGAGUGCUGUGUGUGCUCGCAUGUCUGUGCCCUCCACUGUCUCCAUCCCAGAUGCAACUGACUAGUGGUCCUCGCCUCCUUAGUGCCAGUGUCAUCUGCUUGAUAAGGCGUUAUUCAUGGCAGCUAAUACUUCCUGUUGACUCGGUAAUCUCUAUUGUUUCUUUCUCCCCUCCCUCACAUUCUUCCUCUCUUCUUUGGUGUAUAGAGAUGGGUUAGUUUUGCCUCUUUUCUUGUCCAUGGCUCUCUUCUUUUCCUUCUGUGUAAAGUAAUUCUUGCUUCUCUACUUUUCUUCUCAUUUUUUCCUAUCAUAUGUCUAAGUGUAAGGAAUUGUGUUCUUGUUAAGCUGUACUCUUUCUUUUCUACUCUUUUUCUUCAGUGUGCAUAAGUGGACAGGGAUUGCCUUUCCUCCAACAGUUAUCAGGCAUUUAUUAUUACCUUGUAUUGCCAGCUAGUGUUUAUAUGUAACAGCAAGAUGAAAAAAAAAAAAAAAAGAAACUCGCCUUGCAAUAUUUUUUAACUCAGGUGUUUGGACUAAUCUCAUGUUGCCAUGGGAAUGAAGAAACAGACACAAAUAUUGCCAAACAAGCAGAUGAGGUGAAAAAGUAGGGUGUCAGUUUAGACAGAUACUGUGUUCUUAGAUUUGAAAGGUUUAUGUAAAGCAAUGUAUGACUAGCACUGUAUUUAACUUUGAGAUGUUUGUUCUUAUUGAAACACUGCAUAUCAUUGUCUAAGGCAGUAGUGAGUCACGUGGCUGGAGAGCUGUGCAUGUGUGGACUGUACUGUGCCUCAAGAUAUUGUAAACUGUGAUGAGGUACCAAGAGAGAGAGAGAGAGAGAGUGCUCAGAAAAUGCUUGUAACCUGUGCUAGUGUGGGUGUGAGUCUUGAGUAUAUGUUGCAAUUGUAUAUAUGUGUAUAUAUUUUUUGCAUGUGUAGAGAAAGAUACAACAAGAGAUUUUCUUUGGUGAAAUGUGAAGGUUUCCUAGUGGUAUUUAUGGUCUCUCUUACCUGAAGAGAAGGAUGUGGUGUUGGUGGCAAAGAUCUCUGUUAGUCUGUGUGUCCAUUAUAUUAGUUAUCAAGACAAUUUGGCAGAUUUUGUAUUAGCUAUAUUGCACAUGCUUGUCUAACGCUGUCCUUCUAUUAAAUGAGUUAGGUUAGUAUGGAGCAUAAAACUUCUUAUGAUUCUGAUAAACUUUUAAACUUCUUAGAAACUGUGAUACAUCUUGCCACACUGUAUGUUUUGCUCACUAUGUAUGUUAUUUCCUGAUUAGUUUAGCGUGUUUGAUGUGUUAGAGGUCAAACUGCUACACUGUCUUUGUACAGUUGCUCUCUUUGUCAGUACUCACUCAUUUAUAGCAUUUGAACAAAGCUGACUGAUUUGUGCAGGGCUUGUAUUUGUUCUUCAGAGAUUAACCUAGUGCAGUGCUCACCUUUCCAUCUCACCUGUGCUGUCCAUUCAUUCUUCCUCCUGGUUGUACAUGUUUUCUGUGCCAGUGUAUUAACAACUUGCUCACCAAUGCAUUUAUCUGUCUGUUUAGCAUCCAUCAUGUGUUUUGUCUUCACAUUUUCAUCAGUCAUCUCACAAACUUAAACAAAUUGCAUUCCCAUAAGAAAUACUAAUCUACCCACCAUGAUUUAAUUUCAACUCAAAAGGUUCCUCAUCCAAACUUCUGGUAGGAGCAGGUACACACACACACACACACACACACUCUCUCUCUCUCUCUCUCUCUCUCUCUCUCUCUCUCUCUCUCUCUCUCUCUCUCUCUCUCUCUCUCUCUCUCUCUCUCUCUCUCUCUCUCUCUCUCUCUCUCUCUCUCUCUCUCUCUCUCUCUCUCUCUCUCUCUCUCUCUCUCUGGAAUGACAUGAAGUUCAUUAAGUUGUGACUCAUACUUGAAUUCAUUAAAACAUCUUUUCAUACACUUAGAAACUUCCAAGAAUGCUUACUUUAUUUUCAUACAUUUAGCUCACAUCUCAUCAUUAGCAGAUACACUAAACAAAGCAGUGUGUAGUGCUGGAGCAAGAGUGACAAUAACAACCUGGAAAGAAACUGGCAAGGCUUUAUCUUUUGGGAGUAUAGUUUUUUGUGGACGUUUUGAUAUUGCUAGUAUUUUUUUACCUCCAUAUAUCUUUUUAGUAUAGUUCAUCAGUGAGUUAGUGAUUAAUGGUAUUACUUUGGUCCCUGAUAAUGAUCUCUGCUCUGAAAUGUGAGCCAGUCAGACAGACAUAGACAGAUCAAGUACUCUUUGUAGUAUGGACAGUGCAGCAUUUCUGAAGAGGUUGUGAGGUGUGUUGCCAUUCCUUACCACCACCCCGUAUAUAUUGUGAUAUAAAGCUAUAGCACCUAGAUACCUUAAGCUUAUUAACUCUGUAACAUUCCUUCAAAAUAUUUAUAGCUGCUGGAAACAAUCUUUGUGAAUACCUACCUUGUAAUACAUUUGCAUUUUUCUAGAGCUUCCCUAUAUGAAGUGAAGCCCCUGUUCUCAAGCUUUUUAGUGGAGAUACAUUAUAGAGUAUCGAGUUUUGUUGUGGCAGGAUAGAGCAGUGUUCUCUCAGUAUUCAAGGUCAGUGAAGUGUGUCCUUUGAGAUUUUGCACAUAUACUUAAUGCUAUGUUUCCAGCUCACAGGGAAGCUUAGCAUAGUGGCAGGAAAGGUAACAGCUGACUUAUACUGGACCAUCAUAGUCUGGUGACCUAUAUUGAGUAUCCUGGUAGAAUUCUGAGCUGCCUCCUCGCGUGUCUUACUCCUUAGAUCCCCUCAUCCAUUAAGACAUACACAUCCUACAUCAGCCACUAUUUUAAUCCACAUGGUUUGAUAAGACUUGACUGGAUCUGAAGUUGCAAGGCAGGAGAGGAAGCAGUCUGGAAUGAACCACUCAACAAAAGAAUAGUUGCCAUAAUUUGUUCAAGGUAUGGAUGCAAGUGUACCUGGUUUACGAUAUGCUGAUUGUAAUGCGACAUUUUUUGUGUGCUUUAUGUAAUGGGGAUUUCAAUUUGCUGUGUAUGAGAGAGAGAGAGAGAGAGAGAGAGAGAGAGAGAGAGAGAGGGUGUGGAUGUUAAAUUGAUUCACUAUUGUAAGAUACAUAUUUUUUUUUUUUUUAAGCCACAUUUUGGAGGCAUUUGAAGGACAGUAUUAUAGUAGAAGUUUCUGUGCACACACACACACGCACACACACACACACACACACACACACACACACACACACACACACACACACACACACACACACACACACACACACACACACACACACACACACAC